CCUAGAAAUUUCCAGAUUCAGAAAUGGCUCGUACCAAGCAGACUGCUCGGAAAUCCACCGGAGGCAAGGCCCCAAGGAAGCAGCUGGCCACCAAGGCAGCCCGGAAGUCGGCUCCGGCGACCGGAGGAGUGAAGAAGCCUCACCGUUUCAGGCCGGGAACCGUGGCCCUGAGGGAGAUCAGGAAGUACCAGAAGAGCACGGAGCUGCUGAUCCGGAAGCUUCCUUUCCAGAGGCUUGUGAGAGAGAUUGCUCAGGACUUCAAGACCGAUCUCCGGUUCCAGAGCAGCGCGGUGGCGGCGCUUCAGGAGGCGGCGGAGGCUUACUUGGUGGGUCUGUUUGAGGAUACCAAUCUCUGCGCUAUUCACGCCAAGAGGGUCACCAUUAUGCCCAAGGAUAUUCAGCUUGCCAGGAGAAUAAGAGGCGAGAGGGCUUAGAAGAAUCGACCCAGAUCCUCAUUAGCUUUGGUUUUAUAUCUUUUCGCUUCAGUUCAAAUUGAUGAGAGUUAAUGACAAUUGUUUCACUGGAGAUGACUGUGCUCUCUGUGUGAAUGAAAUGUUUUUGUUUAAUAAAUGUAAUGAGUAAUCCUUCUGAGAAGCCCAGAUUAAAUUUUGGACUAAAUCGGGUAAACUUGCACUUGUAAGUAGGAUUAAUUGGUUCAC